UUAUUUAUUUUAUUCUAUUGAAUUGGGCAGCGGACCCAGCAUAUAUGAUGGCUUAUGCGCUUCAAUAAGAGCUUGUGCUUGUAUGCGAUCAGUUGCCCAGCAUAAGCUAGCCUUUAAUAAUUAUUUAUUAUUAUUUUUGGAGAAAAGACAGUCAAUUAUGCAUAACAGCGUAAACUAUGGUUCACUAACAAAAUAAAGUGAAAAAGUUUGAUAUAUUUUUUUUUCCCCCCCGGAAAAUAAGCAAAUAAAAAUAUUUCCCAAGUUAGUUCAAAGGAGAAGGGAAACAGAGAGGUUGGUUUUAUUCGUUAAAAAUUAAGAACUGAAAAAGGGAGGUUUCGCCUAAGGAAUAGAGAAAUGGAGGCGAGCUUGAUGAGAUGCUGUAAUGGCAGCAAUCUCCUCAGAACCCUCAAACCUCUCCAUUUGAAAUUUCCAAGGCCUCUUCGUUGCUCUUCUUCCUCUAUGCUCAUCCACUCUGAUGGGUUGGAAUCCGUGAAGAGAAAAUAUGACGCAUUGUUAUUGGACGCUGGAGGCACUCUCUUGCAGUUGUCGAAGCCCGUUGAAGAAACUUAUGCCGCAAUUGGCACCAAAUACGGUCUCACUGCAACACCGCCAGAAAUAAAGCAAGGGUUUAAAAGGGCUUUUUCUGCUACAUGGCCUGAGAAACUUCGAUACCAAGGAGAUGGAAGGCCAUUUUGGAGACUAGUUGUCUCUGAAGCUACUGGUUGUGCCAGUGUUGAUUAUUUCGAAGAAGUAUACAAGUACUAUGCAAGAGGUGAUGCCUGGCAUCUUCCGGAUGGAGCUUACGAAACAAUGAUCCUUCUCAAGGAUGCUGGAGUUAAGUUGGCUAUUGUUUCCAAUUUCGACACUCGCUUGAGGAAGCUAUUGAAGGACCUACAUGUUUUAGAUCUAUUUGAUGCUGUUAUCGUGUCUUCUGAGGUUGGAUAUGAAAAACCAGAUGCAAAGAUAUUUAAAGCUGCUUUAGAUCAAAUCGGUGUGGAGGCUGGCAAAGCAAUGCAUGUUGGAGAUGAUCAAAAGGCAGACAAGGUUGGGGCCAAUGCCAUUGGGAUUGAUUGCUGGUUAUGGGGAAUAGAUGUAAAGACAUUCAAUGAUAUUCGAAAUGGCAUUCUCAUUUGAGAGUCGUAGCUUCCAAAAGAUGAGGUAUCAAAUGGAAUAAUUGCAAUUGACUUCUUCCCUCAGAAAGUUACCAUCCACUAUUCUAUAUUUAUCAUUUUCAUUUGGCGUGGAAUAGCUUUGUUAAUGAUCUUGAAUAUUGUUCAGGAUUAUUGAGAAUGAAAUUUAAUUUUAAAACUCAAAUUUAUAUCUAAUUUAUA